AUGUUAUUCGCGGCGCAAGAAACGCCGCUGUUCGUUUUAAACGACGACGAGGCUCUUUUCGCGAACGAAAGAGGACGCGCGGAAGAUGCGAGCACUCGAAACAUUACUGCUCAUUUUAAAAACAACGAAGAAGAAGAAGAAGAAGAUCGAACGCGAAUUGAAAAGAAACAACAGAAUGACUUUUCCUCCGGCUCCGGCGAUAUCGUUCGAUUGCGAGAUGGGAGUUUACUGUCCUGGCGAACGACGAGCGGAAAGAAUGCGGUCGAAAUCGUCUUGUGGCGGGAAGAGCGCGAUGGGGAACGAAGAGAGAAUGCUGCGAGCAGAGCGGUGAAGACGAUUGAAAUCACGUUUCCAACUGACACCAAAAACGAGCUGUGCGCGAAAAGCGUCGUUUUGGCGCCGACAUCUGUGAACGACGACGGCGCGUCGUUGUUUCGCGUGAUCGCGUGUAGUCGAACGGUGCAGACUAACGGGAAAGUUUUGGAAAUGUACGUGGCUACCGUGGAGGAGUCUGCGGAUAAAUCGUCGUUGCGAUUGAAAGGAGGCGCGGUGGCGAAGAAAGCGGUGAAAUUGGAAACGGCGGGGUUGGGAGACUCGGUGACGUGCGCAGGAUUGGUGAGCGGUGCGGGCGAACGGUCGCCGAUCGUGUGUGUUGGUGGUACGGACGGGCGAAAAGUCGUUUUCGUGGACGUUUUAUCCGGCGAAGCGCUUUCGGAGAUUGCGGUUGGGAGCCAAUCGAUAUCGUCUUCCUCGGCUGCGGCUAUUGGGAGUUCGUUGUUGGGAAAGUUUGGGAUUAGCCUCGGUGCAAAAGGAACCGUGCCGCCAGUAGUGCACGUAUCGCCCAGACUGAUCGAGUUAGAUGGGUCGAUGGUGACAGUGAUAGUCACCGGGGAUGGGGCGGUGACGUGCGUUACUUCUUCGACAGCGAAUACGAAGGGGGCGUUUGGCUCAAACUCGCAAGCAAACAGACGCGUAUUGUUUCGAAUGAUGUUACCAAAAGGAGCUUUGAAAAGUGAUGCGUUGAUCACUUCUUCAUGUCGCGAAAAUGACACAACGAGUUCGGCUCCCCAAAACUGGUUCGUUACGGGAGCGCGGGCGACAGCUGGCGGCAAUUUAGUGGUCUUUGGAAACGAAGAUUUAGGUAGGGAACACGUUACCACGUAUACGUUUGUGAGCACGAACGAAAUCCGACGCAUGGCUACGUUUACUAUCACUGAUAGUGCUGAUAGCGUUCGAGACGUGUAUUUCGACUCCGAGAGUGGGGAGAUCUUCGUCUUCUUUUCGAGUAACUGCGUUUCGAAAUGGUCCGUAGCGGAUUCGUUGAGGGUCGUUGAAACUUUAGAAUCUGAUUUAGCCAAGUUUGAAUCGUGGGCCAUCAACGGUGUAGGUUCCGAAGCUGCUUUAAGCGCUUUGAGAAUAUCGUUUUUCGGAGAUUUGAAUGAUGUUGGAGUCGAUAAAAGGGAGAUGCACACGUUUGCAAAGAUUUUAGCCUCGGAGAUUUCAGAGAUUGGUCUAGAUAGAGGGGUGAGCGCGGCAGGAUUUCGUCGAGCACUUGGCAAGGACUUUGAAAGCGAUGGAACGUCGAUUGUUGAUGCUAUAGCCGCGACUUUAGCUUCAUCCUCGGAAACAGUCGAUGAUCUUGUUCAGAAUUGGGGAGAGUUCGUGAAACGAUACGUCGCUGAAUGGAAACUAGGGAACCUCGGGUUUGCUUUUUCCGUUGUGAAAUCGUCCACGGGCGCGGAAAAAGAAGAACUAUUAUUCUUGAGAAAAAGUGGUAUCAGCGCACUCGCGACGAGUGGAAAGAACGCUUCAUCGUCUGGAGCGCACAUGCGGUUCCAAAACGACGCGGUUGAAAAUGCGACCUCGUUACUUUCUCGAGCGGCGGGGAAUUCUGUCGAACGCAUGGCAAAGUUGCUCGGGUGUAACUUCUGCGGUCUCGAGAAUCGCGAAGCUGUCGAUUGGCUCGACCUUGCCACGUGUGAAGCGACUGGUACUGGUGGCCUUAGUAUGACUGGUAGAAGCUCCUCGAGCAGUGCGCACGAUGCGUUGUUCAGGGACCAAAGACGCUUGCUCCAACGCCAAACGAUUUUGACUGUUCGAAAAGCGUGGGAGUCGCUGAUUGUAAACGAUAAAGAUUUGGCGGCGUGCGCACAAAGUAUUGAAGCAGCUUUAUCUCAGAGCGUUCAUGAUAUUGCGUCUUCUUCAUCCUCUUCCUUCACGUCGGCGAAGAAGCUGCGCAUGCUAGCACACAAAGCGUUCGGGUUUGCCAUGUUGCUCCGAUUAGCCUCAAAAGGCAGCGCCUGUUCAACGCCAAAAAAGGUUUCGAACGAUGCAUUUACUUUGUUACCGCGUGUUCUCUUAGUUUUUGCGCUUUCUUCCGCGCUUUCCUCCGUCUGUGCGUUGGAUCCAGAUACGAUUGCUAUCCAAGCAUUCGCGAAACAAAGAGGCGAUCCGGCGAUGGUGGUAGUUGAUCUUUUUCGUCGAGGCGAAAUCGAAGCUUCAGAGAAGAUUGCGCUGGCAUUUUUAGGCAGCGCCAUUCCGGGUGAUUACGAGAAGAAAAGUGAAGAGGAUGAAAGUCUGUUGUGCUACGAAGGCGAGCGACCGGCGCUAGCCUUCGCGCGUGCGUUGGCAAUGUUGGCGAGAAGAGCUGCACAAACGAGUCACUCGGACGAAGAAGCUUCGAGAUUGUUUUUCCAGGCGGCUUUGCGUUUAGAGAAAGUUGACGACAGCGAGAAUAAAAUCCUAGCGGAAACGGCAAGAACGAUUCGCACUUCGAUACUUGGUGACGAUGACGACGAUGCCAAGAACGCGCAAGAUCGAGGAAGAGGAGCGCAAGAUCCGCGCACGUACGAUGCGCUUGAGCAUCACGAAACGGUCGCGUUAGCGUUUGAACGCGUCUUCUCCUCGCGUCUUUCUCACGCCUCUUUGAAAUUCACAAUGGCGGCAAUCUCUGAAGCCGAGCUCGUCACUGAAUUUGAAUCGCAGGAAGAUGCAGCUAGGCUCAUCGACGCUAAAGAAAGACUUUGGCACGCGUCUCUGCGACGCGCUUGCGACGAAAACGAUUUCGUUUCUGCGUUCGUUUCUACACUUUUCAUGUACAAUUCCCCGGCGGCGGCGAGACAUUCGAACUUUUCAGGUGUACGUGCACUUGUCGAAUCGGCAUGCGACGCAAUGGGCGUGAACUGUGGUGCGACGGCGGAUAUUGGUCGAGUGAUUAAAUCGUUGCCGUUUGGAGAGGCGAUUUACGCGGCGAGAGAAACGCUUGAAAGAAAAUCUCGAACGCACAAGUUGAAUCACCAGUCUCAAGACGACAAAGACCAAGGAACUGCUACAAUCGUUUCUCCGUCGGAGAUUUUAUAUUCCAUGCUCGUCGAUCGUUGGGAGUUGAAGGACGCCGCGUUAGUCGCUGCCCAAGACGCCGUCCGCUUCGGCGACGAAGCUCGACGAAAAGUUUGCGAAGCCGCGAAAGACCCGCAAAACGCGCAACUUCGAGACGAUGCCAUCGAGUCAGUUCAACGUCAUUUGCACGGUUUAGAAAAGUCUUUAGCCGCGUUGACCGCGACAAGAAGCGACGAGAGGUGCGGUACCGACGGCGAAGUGUUCUUUGCACCGACGCACGACGAUUUUGGAGAAGAAAGCACGGACGAUGAAAUGCACGUCGAAAAAGGAUCCUCAGAGUCCUCGCAAGAAGAGAUCGUAUUUGAAAAACUUCGCAUUCAUAAUGACGACAACGACGAAGGCAACGAUGUUGCACGUCAGAAUCAAGAACCACCGAACGACCGCGCGCCUCCACCAAAACCGAAACGACACAAAAAGCUCCAUCCUCCAACGGGAGACGACGAGAUUGGCGUUGGUUCGCCUCUUGCGGCGAUGGCGAGAAUGGUCGCGCUCACAAAAGCGCGUCUUCUUCUUUUAAAAAAUGAUGCCUAUUUAGAAGAGCUCGCGAUUGAAAAGCAGAAGUUCACCAACAUAGCUUCCUUAUUCGAUGAGAGCGCGGUAAAAGUUGUGUGCGAGAGUUUGUUAAAGCGCGGAUUCUUCGAUGACUGUUCGGAUUUGGUUUCUUUGUGGUUUUCAAACCACGAGUUGCGCGACGUCGCGAGUCAAAUAUCAUGUUGCGCCGGUGCGUUUGCGGCAGAAACGAUUCAGCAUUCGAGCGAGAGUCAUCAUUCGGCAAAGUUACCGAUUGGUUUUAAAUGUGUGAAAGUUUCGAGCUCGUUAUCGAACAGCUCAAAUACCCUCGCCAAUGAGAACCCGUGGGUGGCGUCGAGAAAAAUCGUGGACAAGUUUGAAAACGUGGAAACGAAUGGGAUGAUUGCUCAUUCCGCGUGUUUAGGCGCCUUAAGCGUGAACCCAGAUCUCGAGUUACCUUUAUUUCUCACUGAAAACGUGCAUUGCGAUAAGCUCAUUUCGCUGUAUUUGAAGGCGAAUCGUCCGGCGUGCGCCGCUCGGGUGGCUCUGAAAGAGUUGGAGCUUUAUUCGCGCGCGAGUGCGAUGAAACGCGUUAAACAUAACGCCGUUUGGCUUCCCAUGGAUGCUUUCCACGCGGUUCAAAUUGCGCUCGAUGACGACGCGUUCUCAAAUAAAAAGAAGCACAUAUCAUGUGCUUUGAGAAUCGCGAUUGAUUCGCAUCGAAACCAACUGGAGAAAGAUGCGAAAACACUCGCUCAGGUGCACCGGAUGUAUUAA